AUGGGAAAAAAAAGUAAAAAAAGUAAAGGCUCACCACAGGACAAAGAAAGUGGAGUAAAACGGACAGCAAUGGCGAGCGGAAUGCAAUCACCCAGUGUGACCUGUGGACCUGGCGCUUCCGUGGUGUAUCAGUCGCCAAACGGACAUUAUCAAACAAACAAUUCUACAUUUUCAACUCCACAGGCAAGUUUGAAUUUUGUUUCUCCGCAGUCGUUUUCAUAUAUGCAAGCUUUGAAUAAUGGAUCACCAAAUAUGCAAAACAUGCAGUCAAUACAACCUAUGCAGCCGUGGCCUAUUUCUUCGGGCAAUAUGAAUGGAGUGUCUACUGACCAGUUUUCAUCAAUGAUACAAAGGCUUGACAGUAUAGACAAAAAGUUGUCUCAGUUAGACUCUAUCAAAAAUACCGUUGACAAAAUAAGGGGUCGUCUUGAUAAGGUAGAUCAGAAGGUCAAUUCUAUGGAGACGAAAAUAAACGAUCUGGAGCGUAGCCGGGAGUAUGAUUCGUCAAGUAUGGCAGAUAUAGAAAAGAAACAAAAAGAAAUCGAUUCUUUGCUGUCAAAACUAAAAGUCCUAGAGCACCAACAAACAGAGCAGGAGCGAUCUAUGAAAGCGGAUAUUACGGACCUAAAAUGUCGAAAUAUGCGGGAUAACCUGCUCUUCUUUGGAAUACCGGAAGUGAAAGGCGAAAGCGAUUCAGAUUGUGUGGAGAAAGUGCUUGAUUUAAUCGAAAAUAAACUUGAAAUAGAAAACGCAAAAUCAAGCAUUAAGUUGCACCGUGCUCAUAGAAUUGGGAAAUUUGAUAACGCCAAAACACGUCCGAUCGUGGCGAAAUUUGUAUACUAUCCUGAGAGAGAGAAGGUACGACUUAGUGCUAAUAAACUGGAAAGGCCUUAUGGCAUAAGUCAGCAAUUUCCCCAGGAAGUCAUGUCCAGUAGACGGCGGUUAAUUCCUAUCAUGUUGGAAGCCAGGAAACAGGGAAAGGAGGCAUAUAUAAAGGUGGAUAAACUUUAUAUUGACGGUCGUUUGCACAGGGAGAGCGAGGAUGGUAGCGUGAAGUAG